CAGGAAGCGAGCAAGUGCACUAGAGUGUGUACUCUGCCGUCGCGGCUCACUAUCCAGCUUGUAAUCGGGGCGCUUUCCUCCCCGAGACAACGAGUGAUGAUUUUAUCCUCAGCUCUUGCCCUUCUGUAGCCAAGCAAGGGCUGGUUGUGUGUCCUUUCUUCAGCCACGGCGAGUUCCGGUGUCGGGACACUGACAGCCGAGGUCCGGACGCCUAGGAUAGGGUCAUCGCACUGCCGACUGUUCGUCAUACCAUUAGCAAUCCUCCCACCCACCUCCCAAGAUGCGCGCCGUUUUGGUCAAAGACAAGGGACAGACCCCCGAUGACCUGUACAUUGGCGAGGUCGAGACGCCAAUCGCGAAGGACCACGAGGUGCUUGUCAAGGUGCGUGGGCGGGCGGGCCAAUCUAAUCGCACAGCCGUGCAAAUCCAGCCCCGCAGGUGAAAGCCUUCGGGCUCAAUCGCAUGGACAUCAUGCAGCGCCAAGGCCAAUACCCUCCGCCCGCCGGAUCAUCGACCAUCCUCGGUGUCGAAUUCGCUGGGACGAUCUCCGCCGUGGGACCGGGCGUGACGAAAUGGCAAGUGGGCGACGAGGUUAUGGGCCUCGCUGGAGGCGGUGCCUACGCGGAAUACAUCGUCUCGCUGGACACACAUGUUGUUCCGAAGCCGUCCCGAUUGUCAUGGACCGAGGCGGCAAGCAUCCCGGAAGCUUUCCUUACGGGUAUGCCUUAAGUGCGCGCUAUCAGAGCGGCCGUCAGUUCACGGUGCAUAGCAUUCCAGGCGGUCGUUUUACU